UUUUUGAAACGAGCAAAUCUCCCAUGGUCGUGACCACUGUCGCCCAAGACGCCCCCGUGUCGCUGUCGGGCCUCUUUGCCGCCAGCAGUGACUCCGAAGUCGAUGAAUUCGAGAACGAGUUCGAGAUCCAGAAUAUCUCCAUCGGAGACGAUAUGUACCGCAUCCGCGUUUUCUCGUUCCACGAAGCCAAUGCCAACAAAGUUUGGCCAGGCAUGUUUAACCUUGCCAACUUUAUGGAUUCCCAUGCUCGGUACAGCUCGGGUCGAAUCAUGGAACUCGGUGCUGCAACCGGUGCUUUAGCGAUCCAUUUGCGCUCUGCCCCCCGAAACUACGACGUCACGACAAGCGAUAUCUGCGAUGACGGCGCUGUUGCGGCCAACAUUGCGUUCAAUUCGGCUCUAAACGGACAAGCGCUUGGAUGCCAUUAUGCACACACGUGGGGCACUGGUUGGGAUCAUCAAGGGCAUAUUCGAUUCGUGAUUGCUUCCGACAUUCUGCUAUACGUGAGGUAGACCUGCUUCCUUACACCCACCCCUUUCGUUGCUGGUACAAUCGAGGUGUGAUCCACACUUAGCGCAUAUGGAGCGCUUGUGGAAACCCUUCUCGAAAUCUUCGAAUCAAACGAAGCGGAAGAAUUUCUCAUGAGCUGGCGCCGCCGCAUCGCAGACUCGGCGAUCUUCUUCGAACUCAUGAAGGCGGCGGGAUUCCGGGUCCAUCACCAUGGGUCUUGCGUGUACUCGUUCUUCAAACCCGACGUGUUGAGCCCAUACCUUCAGUCUCUGCUCGUUCUCCCACCCGAUGUGUUCAAGAUGUCGGGGUUGCCGCAGCCGUCCCCUGCACAACAUGAGGAAGGCAGCGCAAAGGUGAUGGUGGGUUCCUCGGUAUUCUUCAGUAAACAUCAGGAACUGCAACGCGAUAUGACCGUGCUCCUGCUCCAACAUCUUCAAGGUCCUACGUCAUCCCCAUCGCCGAAGCAUAUUCGUAUCCUAGAUGCGCUAUCAGGUUGCGGUAUUCGUGCGAUACGCUACGCGUUGGAGGUCCCGCUCGUGGCAAGUGUGGUGGCCAACGACGUGGACGCGGACGCUGCUUCUUCAAUUCAACAGAAUAUCCUUCGCAACCAAGUUGCGCAUGUCAUUAAGCCAUCCCGCAUGGAUGCGAUCGACUGCAUGAGGAGGACGAAGAACGGUGGGCGGUAUGACGUGAUCGACCUCGAUCCAUUUGGACCUUGCGCGUCAUUGCUCGCCAGCGCCAUCGCGACCGUCUCGACAGGUGGGCUCAUUUGUGCCACUGACACGGACAUGCAGACUCUUCUUGGGAAGACGUCCCAUGCUCAUGCCCAAUGCCACGCCCAGUAUGGUGCGGUCCCUGUCACCGCAGCAUACGGCAAAGAGCUCGCUAUUCGCAUUGUGGUUGGAGCCGCUGCAGCAAUGGCUACCGCGUGCGAUCGGUACAUUGAGCCAGUGCUAUGCACAGCCGUGGAAUUCUUUGUCCGCGUUCAUUUCCGUGUCCACGACCUUCCUCCGCAAGGAGGCUGCGUCAUGCCCGUCAAAUUGUCCGUCGUUCAUCAAUGCAUACGUUGCAGCUUCUUUCGGUUGCGUCCUCUCGGUAAAGCCACUGGCGACAGCCGCGACGAUGGGCAAGACUCUUCGCCAACGUGCCCAGUCUGUGGCGGUUUGCUCCAGGUUGGGGGCCCGUUGUGGACCGGGCCGCUUCAAGACAAGCCCACAAUAAUGUCCAUGGUGGCAAAUACAUCAGCCGCGUCGCAGUCAACGCCUGCAUUCAGCGUCGUUCGUUCGAUUUCCCAAGAAAUGCUCGGCGACGUGGAUGACUUGGUUUUGUCCAUUUCAAUCCCCAAGUUGUUUCGACCAUAUAAAGGGGUGGUAGCAUCCGUGCCGUCCAAAUUUGCCUUCCUCAAGGCGUUAACUGCCCUUGGAUAUGCCGCGACAUCGACUCAUUUGGAUCCGACGGGCACCAAAACCAACGCGCCCUUGCUUGUAGUGUACCGCGUCGUUGUGACGUGGCUCCACGCACACGAGUGUUUGGCGACAUCUCCGAUCCUGCCGAGUGUUUUGCCCCUUCCUACCACCGACUUGACAUUCCCCCCUCGUGACAGCCAGAACUACCCCGUCGCGUUCGCUCCGCGUAUCAAGUGCCUCGUCGACCACACGUGGCAUCGUCCCGUGGCUGCUCAGCAAACUCGGACGGACGACGUGAGAGGUCACACAUGGCAUGUGUACGAGAGCACAUUCGAGGCGGUGGUCGCAGUACUUGCCCAAAGCCGCGCCCAGGAUUGUGUUGUACUUCAUGGCCACCGCUAUGUCUUGCCGUCUUCGUUGCAUAUUCCGUCCGGUAUCACGGUCCAAGGCCGACCAACCGCCCCGCACACGACGAUGGUCGGUCAGAUUGUGGUGAAGAAUUCGUCGCAUGUGACGUUGCGGCACUUACACAUUCACUGCCCAGCGCCACUGCCAAGUGCUGCGGCGCCGGCGACUGGUAUCGAGGCAUCCAAGCGACCGGCGCGCUUCCAUCCAGUCUUAAUUGCAUCUUCGUUCAACGUCCAGUUGGAGCAAUGCACUAUCUCGUGUGGACGGCAUGCUCCUGUGCUUGCGUGUGUUGGCAUCGUCGAUGGGUCGACAAAUGUCGGGCUCACGACAUGCGCGAUCCAUGCUGGACCUCAAGCGGGGGCAUGCGUCGCAGGCAAAUCCAAGGUGGUCGUACGAGAUUGCACCAUCGAUGACGUGGCGGGCUGUGGCGUCGACGUGCAAAGCGGCAGCGAAGCGUAUGUGGUGGGCACGCGAGUGGCGAAUUGCGGCAAGAGUGGUCUGUUUGUACACUCGUUUGCGAGUUUGCUCUUGGAGGAUAGCCACAUCGAUCGCAACGGCAUGGCGGCAGUUGAAGUGACGACGCAGGCGACUGCAAUCCUCCGGCGAAAUGUACUCAGUCGGGGCAAGAAGGGCGGUCUACUUGUUCACUCCAGUGGACGUGUUGAAUUAGCGGAAGCCAACGUCGUGACCAAGAAUGCGCUGGCCGGUGUGGAUGUGCGGGGUGUCGGCAGUGUCGCCGUGAUCAAGCACAAUCACGUGUGCAAUGGCCGUGCAAGCGGCGUGUUUGUGUCGGACGAUGGGGCGGUGUAUUUGCACGACAAUGCCAUUCUUGGAAACAAGCGAGCAGGAAUCGAAGCGGCCGACGCCGUCGUGUAUCGAAACGGACAUGACGAUGCAAGUGCGACGGCUGGCAACGGCAUACCUGAGCUUGGGGAUACAAGACAGCCCUCGGCAAGGUUGGAGCAUGGAUGA